GGGAUUUACAGGGUGGGGGGACAGAGGGGCUGCGGGGACCAGAAGGUGGACGGCGGCGCUCGCUGUUGGGCAGAUCGGAGGAUUCUCCUACAGAAUGGAGCUCACGAGCGGGGGAGGCCUCACCUGCAAGAAGAACGCAGAAAGGCAGAAGGCGAAGGAAACUCCGACUUCCCGGGCCGGCCACAGAGCCGCCCCCAGCUGUGGCCAUCUUGCCUCUUGGUUGAGCGGAAGCCUCAGUUCCCCUCUUGUCCGGGAGUGGCCUCUCUAGGCAAACACUGGCGCCGUCUCUGUAGCCCGAAGCUCCUGGGACCGGAAGUUCGUGUCUGAGGAGCUUCCGGGAGUCGCGGCAGAGGGACGCUGACGUGGAGGCAGCCGUAAGGCGGCAGGGAGUGUCAGGGCUCGGAUUAACAGCUCGGAGCCAGAGACCGGAGGGAUGCUAACCAAAUUCGAGACCAAGAGCGCGCGAGUCAAAGGGCUCAGUUUUCACCCCAAAAGACCCUGGAUCCUGACAAGUUUACACAAUGGGGUUAUCCAGUUAUGGGAUUAUCGGAUGUGUACCCUCAUUGACAAGUUUGAUGAACAUGAUGGUCCGGUACGAGGCAUUGACUUCCAUAAGCAGCAGCCACUGUUUGUCUCUGGAGGAGAUGACUAUAAGAUUAAGGUUUGGAACUAUAAGCUUCGGCGCUGUCUCUUCACAUUGCUUGGACAUUUAGACUACAUUCGCACUACAUUUUUUCAUCAUGAAUAUCCUUGGAUCUUGAGUGCCUCAGAUGAUCAGACCAUCCGAGUGUGGAACUGGCAGUCUAGAACCUGUGUCUGUGUGUUAACGGGGCACAACCAUUAUGUAAUGUGUGCUCAGUUUCACCCCUCAGAAGACCUGGUUGUGUCAGCUAGCCUGGACCAGACUGUGCGCGUUUGGGAUAUUUCUGGUCUAAGAAAAAAAAACUUGUCCCCUGGUGCAGUGGAGUCGGAUGUGAGAGGAAUAACUGGGGUUGAUCUGUUUGGAACUACGGAUGCAGUGGUGAAACAUGUCCUGGAGGGUCAUGAUCGUGGAGUUAACUGGGCUGCCUUCCACCCUACUAUGCCCCUUAUUGUAUCUGGGGCAGAUGACCGUCAAGUGAAGAUCUGGCGCAUGAAUGAAUCAAAGGCAUGGGAGGUUGAUACCUGCCGGGGCCAUUACAACAACGUAUCUUGUGCUGUCUUCCACCCUCGCCAAGAGUUGAUCCUUAGCAAUUCUGAGGACAAGAGUAUCCGAGUCUGGGAUAUGUCUAAGCGGACUGGUGUUCAGACCUUCCGCAGGGACCAUGAUCGUUUCUGGGUUCUAGCUGCCCACCCUAACCUUAACCUCUUUGCAGCAGGCCACGAUGGUGGCAUGAUUGUAUUUAAACUGGAACGGGAACGUCCAGCCUAUGCUGUUCAUGGCAACAUGCUGCAUUAUGUCAAGGACCGAUUCCUACGUCAGUUGGAUUUCAACAGCUCCAAAGAUGUAGCUGUGAUGCAGUUGAGGAGUGGUUCCAAGUUUCCAGUGUUCAAUAUGUCAUACAAUCCAGCAGAAAAUGCAGUCCUACUGUGUACAAGAGCCAGCAAUUUAGAGAAUAGUACCUAUGACUUGUAUACCAUCCCCAAGGAUGCUGACUCCCAGAAUCCUGAUGCUCCUGAAGGGAAACGAUCCUCAGGCCUGACAGCUGUUUGGGUUGCUCGAAAUCGGUUUGCCGUCUUAGAUCGGAUGCAUUCGCUUCUGAUCAAGAAUCUGAAGAAUGAGAUCACCAAGAAGGUACAGGUGCCCAACUGUGAUGAGAUCUUUUAUGCUGGCACAGGCAAUCUCCUGCUUCGGGACGCAGAAUCAAUCACACUCUUUGAUGUGCAACAGAAGCGGACUCUGGCGUCUGUGAAGAUUUCCAAGGUGAAAUAUGUUAUCUGGUCAGCAGACAUGUCCCAUGUAGCACUACUGGCCAAACAUGCCAUUGUGAUCUGUAACCGCAAACUGGAGGCUCUGUGUAACAUUCAUGAGAACAUUCGUGUCAAGAGUGGGGCCUGGGAUGAGAGUGGGGUAUUUAUCUAUACCACAAGCAACCACAUCAAAUAUGCUGUCACCACUGGGGACUACGGGAUCAUCCGAACGCUGGAUUUACCUAUCUAUGUCACACGGGUGAAGGGCAACAAUGUAUAUUGCCUAGACAGGGAAUGUCGUCCUCGGGUGCUCACCAUUGAUCCUACUGAGUUCAAGUUCAAGCUGGCCCUGAUCAACAGAAAAUACGAUGAGGUACUGCACAUGGUGAGGAAUGCCAAACUAGUAGGCCAGUCUAUCAUUGCUUAUCUCCAGAAGAAGGGAUACCCUGAAGUGGCACUGCAUUUCGUGAAGGAUGAGAAAACUCGCUUUAGUCUGGCGCUGGAGUGUGGAAACAUUGAGAUUGCUCUGGAAGCAGCCAAAGCACUGGAUGACAAGAACUGCUGGGAAAAGCUGGGAGAAGUGGCCUUACUACAGGGGAACCACCAGAUUGUGGAAAUGUGUUAUCAGCGCACCAAAAACUUUGACAAACUAUCCUUCUUAUACCUUAUCACUGGCAACCUAGAGAAACUUCGAAAGAUGAUGAAGAUUGCUGAGAUCCGAAAGGACAUGAGUGGUCAUUAUCAGAAUGCCCUCUACCUAGGAGAUGUGUCAGAGCGAGUGCGGAUCCUGAAAAACUGUGGGCAGAAGUCACUGGCCUAUCUCACAGCUGCAACUCAUGGCUUAGAUGAAGAAGCUGAAAACCUGAAAGAGACAUUUGACCCAGAGAAGGAGACAAUCCCGGACAUUGAUCCUAAUGCCAAGCUGCUUCAGCCACCUGCACCAAUCAUGCCGCUGGACACCAACUGGCCCUUACUGACUGUGUCUAAAGGGUUCUUUGAAGGCUCCAUUGCCAGCAAGGGAAAGGGAGGAGCACUGGCUGCUGACAUUGACAUUGACACUGUUGGCACUGAGGGCUGGGGAGAGGAUGCAGAGCUGCAGCUGGAUGAAGAUGGGUUUGUGGAGGCUACAGAAGGCUUGGGGGAUGAUGCUCUUGGCAAGGGACAAGAGGAAGGAGGUGGCUGGGAUGUGGAAGAAGAUCUGGAGCUCCCUCCUGAGCUGGAUAUACCCCCUGGGGCAGCCGGUGGGGCUGAGGACGGGUUCUUUGUGCCCCCCACCAAGGGAACCAGCCCAACUCAGAUCUGGUGCAAUAACUCUCAGCUUCCAGUUGAUCACAUCCUGGCAGGCUCUUUUGAAACAGCCAUGCGGCUCCUUCAUGAUCAAGUAGGGGUAACCCAGUUUGGCCCCUAUAAGCAACUGUUCCUGCAGACCUAUGCCCGAGGCCGUACCACCUAUCAGGCACUGCCCUGUUUGCCCUCCAUGUAUGGCUACCCUAAUCGCAAUUGGAAGGAUGCAGGGCUGAAGAAUGGUAUACCAGCUGUGGGCCUGAAGCUUAAUGACCUCAUCCAACGGUUGCAGCUGUGCUACCAGCUUACCACAGUUGGCAAGUUUGAGGAGGCUGUGGAAAAAUUCCGUUCCAUUUUACUUAGUGUGCCGCUUCUUGUUGUGGACAAUAAACAGGAGAUUGCAGAGGCCCAGCAGCUCAUCACCAUUUGCCGUGAGUACAUUGUGGGUUUGUCCAUGGAGAUAGAAAGGAAGAAAUUGCCCAAAGAGAGUCUAGAACAGCAGAAGCGCAUCUGUGAGAUGGCAGCCUAUUUCACCCACUCCAACCUGCAGCCAGUGCACAUGAUUCUGGUGUUGCGUACAGCACUCAACCUCUUCUUCAAGCUCAAGAACUUUAAGACUGCUGCCACCUUUGCUCGGCGCCUGUUGGAACUAGGGCCCAAGCCAGAGGUGGCUCAACAGACCCGCAAAAUCCUGUCUGCCUGUGAGAAGAACCCCACAGAUGCCUACCAGCUCAAUUACGACAUGCACAACCCUUUUGACAUCUGUGCUGCAUCUUAUCGGCCCAUCUACCGUGGAAAGCCAGUGGAGAAAUGUCCCCUCAGUGGGGCCUGCUAUUCCCCUGAGUUCAAGGGUCAAAUCUGCAGGGUCACCACAGUGACAGAGAUUGGCAAAGAUGUGAUUGGUUUAAGGAUCAGUCCUCUGCAGUUUCGCUAACAAAAGUUUCCCUUUUGUGUGUGUAGGGUCAGUCACCAUGUUUGCCCCCAGAGAGUUAGUCUUUCUAACCUCCUAACUCCCUCUCAUUCAACCACCCUUCAUGGUAUUGACAUUUAGCUCUCCCUGCCCUAAAACCUAGUGUCCUUUUUUCUUUUCUAUGGCUAAUCAGAAUGUCUAAACUUGACCCUUUUUAUUUUUUUUUAUUUUUUAUUUUUUUUUGGGGGCCUCUGAGGAUUUCUCAUUUUCUCAAGGUGAUUACAAUUGUGGUCUCAAUUAGCCUUGCCUUCCCAGCUUAGCUCUUUCAAGGAACACAUGAACAUUUGUGUAGUGAAGUCCUUCAGUAUUUAUCUCUUCCCCUCCCACCAGCUCUGUGUACUUUUUGUUAGGAAUGAGAAAUGUCAUAAAUAAGAUAGUGCUUAGCCAUCUCCUUUUUCCUUGGGCAUUUAAACUCCUAGGCAGUUAUCUUCUGUGUGCCAAGAAACUGUUCGGUUUUCUAGAAAUGCACAUCACUUUUUAUCGAUUUGUUCUUUACAACCAUUGUUCUUGUAUUUUGUUUCUCACACAAAAUAAAUUUCUGUGAGAGUUUUGUGGCUU